UGCGGUUGCAUGGCUGCUCCCAGUUAUUUUUCCUCUGGAUAUUUAUUUACGUUUUUUUAUCUGAAGGUCCUGGGUGAAAUUCAAAGGUACCUAUUGUUUAGUUGAUCCUUGAAAUGGUAAAGAUAAUUCCUUACCGAGUUAGAAAACUGACAUGCUGACUUCCAUAAUAAGGCUCAGAAAAGCACAUUCAUAUUUAAUUUUUUUUUAUUUUUGAGAACAACUACUGCCGCCUCUGAGUUGCAGUGUUUAAUUAAAGGUGAUAAAAAAUAUUUCUCACUUGAAAGAAAUGUUAAUCAUAAACUUGUAAAUAUUCACUUGUGAACACAAAAAGUACUUCAAGUGCUGUGAUUAAAUCAGUGCUAUUGUGGAGGCUUGGACCCUGUCAGGAGCCUGCUGGAGGCUGUGGAUCCCAAGAAGAGUGCUGGUGAGCAGGUGGCUUGCGUACACAGUGAAGAGUCUCGGGCAGGGGUCAGGAAAUGUGCCUGGUGUCCUGGACACACUCUCCUCAGCUCUGUGAGACCAGCGCCUUGAUGGGCGCCCUCAGCCCUGUGCCUCCUCGGCUGUGCUUCCUCCCCGGGCUCAGGCAGUGCAGCAGCUUCUGGUUUCCCUCCUGGACCCUCUCCUGGUUUACUUAUAAUAGAUGACUGUUUAACGUGGGAUGCUUGGUGAACACUUGCUGAAUGAGCCAACACCUUGGGGGUUGGGGCCGCUUCCUGAUGGGUGAACUUCACAGUUGGUGAUGGAAUAGCCGUUUCCAUGAGAGACGCUGUCCUCAGGACUCCUCUAAUUAUGUGUAGGUCUGUUGUCUUGGACUGGACACCUGAGUGUCUGGAAACACCUAGUUGUAUUGGGUUAAAUUGUGAUUAGAUUUAUUUUUCUGUAUAAUAUAAAGACAAAAUCAGUGGGCAUUAUCAGAUAGGAAAUCCUCAGUACUCUUCCCUUGAUGCUCUGCAGAACCUUGUCCAGUGGUGUGAGCAGUUUCUGGCUUAGUUAUGAAGGUAGCACUUCAUUUUGGAGAAUUUUGAACAUUUGUGAAAGUAGAAGAGUACAAUGAAUUUUCUGUACCCGUGUCCCAGUCCAUCCGUCCCUUUGGCCGGUCCAGCAGCAUCCAGACACCAUCUGCUUCCUCUCUGAAGGGAGAAGUUUUAAGCACACUUUGCCUGAAAAUGUGUUUUAACUAUAUUGGCAAGAAUUUAAGUUAGACCUUAGGAAGUCAGAAAGGUUCUAAGACCAUUGGCUCCAUCAAGGUGUUGUAGGAAAUUUUAGAGAAACAGAUGGGCACAUUUUUCUCAGAUGUUAAGGGUCAGCCCUGCCUGGGAAGUAAGGAGCAUCUAGGUCAUUUCUCAUUUCCUUUUUGGCCUUCUUGUGCAGAAAGUGUAUUAGCUAAGUGUUGUGAACACAGUACUGCAGUGGGAAGGUGCAUGGAGAGACGGAACGUCCUUUCCCCUUGACAUUAGUGGUGCACUGAAGGGACGAGGCCCUGGGAUGCGGGCUCUGCAUUUCUGCUUCUCGGACCAGUGCUGCCUGGUGGUGAGCUGGUGUCCUGGGCCGCAGGGAGGUCCUGACUCAGAGUGUUACAAACAUCUGACACCGUGGAUGACUCCGCACGUCAACUAUGCCGUCAACAUAACUAAGAUCCUGGUACUCAAAGCGCACCACCUCUCUGCAGGGAGGAGAGCUACUUGUCAGGAUGUUGGAAAGGGAAGAUGGACUGGAUGUCAGGACCGGUUUGGAAGACUGCCGGUCCUUCGUUCCCCUGAGUUCUGCCUGCCUGCAGGGUGUGUGGUGGUCGAGUUUUGUCGUGGAAGCUGCCUGGCCGUGGUGGUCCGUUACAGGGGCCCGGGCAGAGCUGGCGUCACAUCUUCGAAGGCGGCCGUUAAGGUUCCCGUUACCAGUGUCAGUGGAGGCCCCGGGGGCUCCUUGUGUGCGGGGCCGUCCCUGUGUCCGGCGCCCCCAGGGCCCGUGCCGGAGAGGGCGUCUGAGCCCCCCGCUGUCGCUGGGCGGGACCGCUCUGGCGGCCUCGCGGGAGAGGAGACGUGCGGAGAGCGGGUCCUGUGGGACAGAUACUCGUCAUCACAGGAGAAGGUUGGUUCAGGAAACCCAGCUUUUAAGAAAACAUGGAAGAAUUUUGCGGCUAAACUCGCGUUGCAGAAUGGACAGGGCGGAGGGGAGAAGGUGAACUUGAAGGCUGAUGUGACAGAGGGUCCAUCUGAAAGGACUGGGAGCAUCGUUGCUCCGGGUGGAGAGCCUGGCCGGGGUCUGGAGGUCCCUGGAGGUCCAGGGACCCUGCAAGCCUCGUGAAGGAUCUUGGACUUUAGGCCGAUGACCCGGGGAACCCCUCUGCUGAGAUGGGUGAGAACACAGAGCACCCCCCGGCGUCCUCCCUGGAGGCGCCCUCUCUGGUCCCCUGGUGACCUCGUGUGACACUGUCCUGACCUGUUCUCUUUCUGGUUUUUUUUCUUUUUUUGUUUUCAUUUAAACAUACGGCCUGCAGAUGGGUUAAACCGAACACCCGUCCCGAAUUCAUGCACGGAAGCCCUAACCUCUGAUAACUCAGAGUGUGACCUGAUUUGCAGAUGGGGUCUUACAGAGGUGACGAGGUGAAGAUGAGGUUGUGAGGAGGGCUGUGAUUCGGCAUGACCGUGUCCUUGCUUGCAGGGGACAUUUGGACACAGAGAUAGGCGCCGGGGGAAGGCCAUGUGAAGAUGCUGGGGAGCCACAGGCCGCGUCCCACAGCCGCGCGGAACCAGCCCUGCCCACCCUUCAUCUGGGACUUGCAGCCUCCAGAGCUGUCUGUGCCAGUUCACCCUCCGUGACAGCGUUUCUAAAAAACUUAACACAUGCAUUGUAAAUAGGCAUUUAUUUAAUAAAUGAAAAACUUCAAACAUACAUAAGACCAGACAGGGCCUGCAGUGAGUUCCCAUGUACGUACCUUUCACCCAGCUUGAAUCCGCUGGAGGCCAGCUUGCUUCAUGCUACCCCCAUCACUUUCUCUACCCUCAUACUAUCUUGAAGCGAAUUUCAGACAUAGCUCAGUAGGUCACUAUCUGUGAGAGGUUAAGACGACUCUUAAAAACAGAAGCAGUGUCAGUUUUUUCCUCAGAGAACUGAAUCAUGCUUCUCGAGUAUGGUCACUUGUCAGUGCCCAGAUUUCCAGCUGUCUCUGUUGUCAAUUUUUUUUACGGUUUUGAAUCGUGUUUCAGUAACACCUAUACACUGCACUUGGUUGGUAUGUCUUUCUUAAACUCUCUUCUAGUUCCUUUUUUAUCUUUCUUUCUCUCUCCUUGUAAUUCAUCAGGUUUUUCUCCUUGAGUGUUUUUCAUAGCCUGAAUUUUGCUGGUUAUGUUCUUGUUAGGCAAUUCAAUACAUUCCAACAUUCUCUUUAUUUCCUGUUAAUUGGUAUUUAGACCUAGAGGCUUGGUCAGAUACAAGUUUGAUAUUUUGUUACUGUUGGAUUGUAGUGGGUGAUGGUGUGUUUUUCCAUCUGGAGGCACAUACUGUUAGAUUGUCUGUCUUUUUGCAUCAUUAUUGUUCAGUCGCUAAGUUGUGUCCAGCUGUUCACGAUCCUAUGGAUUGCAGCACACCAGGCUUCCCUGUCCUUCACUGUCUUCCUGUCUUCACUGUUUGCUCAGAUUCAUGUUCAUUGAGUCAGUGAUGCCAUCCAACCACCUCAUCCUCUGUCACCCCCUUCUCCUGCCCUCGAUCUUUCCAGCAUCAGGGUCUUUUCCAAUGAGUCAGCUCUUCGCAUCAGGUGGCCAGAGUAUUGGAGCUUCAGCAUCAGUCCUUCAAAUGAAUAGUCAGUGUUGAUUUCCUUUAGGAUUGACUGGUUUGAUCACCUUGCAGUCCAAGGGACUCUCAAGAGUCUUCUCCAGCACAGUUCAAAAGCAUUAAUUUUUCAGCGCUCAGCCUUCUUUAUGGUCCAACUCUCACAUCUGUACAUGACUACUGGAAAAACCAUAGCUUUGACUAUAUGGACCUUUGUCAACAAAGUGAUGUCUCUGCUUUUUAAUAUGCUGUCUAGGUUUGUCAUAGCUUUCCUUCCAAGGAGCAAGCGUCUUUUAAUUUCGUGUCUGCAGUCACCAUCCACAUUGCUUUUGGAGCCCAAGAAAAUAAAGUCUCUCACUGUUUCCAUUGUUUCCCCAUCUAUUUGCCAUGAAGUGAUAGGACCAGAGGCCAUGAUCUUCGUUUUCUGAAUGUUGAGAUUUAAGCCAACUUUUUCACUCUUCUCUUUCACUUUCAUCAAGAGGCUCUUAGUUCCUCUUCGCUUUCUGCCAUAAAGCUGCUGUCAUCUGCGUAUCUGAGUUUAUUGAUAUUUCUCCCAGCAAUCUUGAUUCCAGCUUGUGCGAAUGUUGGCAGGUCCCUAAGUAGCUUUGGGAUAGGGACUGGUGGCUAGAGGAAGGA